CUUUAUCAACAUCUAGAAAAAAGGAUGCAAGCGCCCAUUUCAUUAGACGCAUAUUUUUAUUUGUCAGAUUUGUUUUUGGUGUAAUCAAAUAAAUAAUUAUUUAUCGUUGAAAAUGGCUGAUGUGCUGGAUAUUGAUAAUGCAGAGGAAUUUGAAGUAGAUGAUGAAGGAGAUCAGGGAAUUGCACGGCUAAAAGAAAAAGCAAAGAAAAGAAAAGGGCGAGGACAUGGAGCAGAAUUAGUUUCCACACGCGAAGAUGUUGGUCAUUAUGAGUCAAUGAAUGUUGUUGAAGAUGAUGCCGAACCAGGUCCACAACGAUCCGUUGAAGGAUGGAUUUUGUUUAUAAACUCAGUUCACGAAGAAGCACAGGAAGAUGAUAUUCAAGAUAAGUUUUCAGAGUUUGGUCAAAUAAAAAAUUUACAUCUAAACUUGGACAGAAGAACAGGAUUUCUGAAAGGAUACGCUCUAGUAGAAUAUGAAACUUUUAAAGAGGCUCAGGCUGCUAAAGAUGCUUUAAAUGGUACCGAAAUAUUAGGACAACCUAUAUCAGUUGACUGGUGUUUCGUGAAAGGACCAAAAAAAGUCAAGAAAAGGAGUCAUAGAAGACGAUGAAAUUAACUAAAAAUUAAUUGGGAAUAUACAUUUUUUUUUUGUCAAUAAUCAAACCCUACCUUACUUUCAAUAAACAAUUGGCUGAGUAUUUAUAUAUAUAUAUAUGAAUUCAUAAUUAAAUGAUCAAUAAUAAUUUUCAUGAGUAAUGGUAUAUUUCGUAUUUGUCAAUAUUGAUGACAAUCUUAAUACAUUUUUUGUUAUUUGUAUGAAAAAAAUACUUAAUAAAUGAUAAUAAAAGUAAAUUUAUGCAUAGUAA